AUGUCCUACGCCUCCGUCGCCGCCCAUAAUGCUCCCCCGCCCUCAGAGCAACCUCAUGCUGAUCCUUCUCUCCUCACCACACCGAGUGACGUGCAGCCUGUGGCCACAGCCGUCGACGACUCUGCCAAAGUCAAUGUCGCCCCCGCAGAUUUCAAGACCCAUCCGUCCACAUUGACCUCCGAGGUUGCGGACUCCAUCCCUCCGUAUCCGAUAUCUGAAUCCCCUGCACCCACUGGAAAACCUUCCGCACGCAAACGCGCACAUGACGCCGAGAAGAAGGCCGAGGCCAAGUCUCUCCAACUCUGGGGAACUAUUCAUGAGCAACUUAUGCGACCCGCUGUAGCGGGUGGCCUCAUCGGCGUUGUCAACGUCGGUCUUAUGGCAGGCACCGCCUAUGCGUACUACAGCCAGCCUCACUUACGCCGUGACAUCAAGAUGAUCUCCUCCACUGUUAUCGGAGGAUUCCUUUUGCUUGGUGGAGAAGGAUACCUUGCUGAGGCUUACCGCAACACGGCCCAAGGACAGGAGGAGGAGCGCAGAGCCAGAGAAGAAGGAUCGGUAAUCUACCGACACUUGCGGGAACAGGUCUUGAGGCCAGGCGUUCUUGGAGGACUUGUUGGUUUGGCCAACGUCGGUAUCAUCGGCACCGUUGGGUAUUUCGCGUACACGAACUGGGACAGACCCCACUGGGACAGGCGUACAUUGUCCGCCAUCUCAGUGGGCCUCCUGACGCUGUGGGGUGGCGAAGGUUACAUCGCUGAGCAGGUUCGCGAGGGCAAGAUUCAACCGCCAAGGCCCUAAAUUAGUGUAGAGCGUAUUAGUCUUUUUUCGUGAUUAGGGGAUGUGUUUUUAAACUAGGUAGUUCCAUGGACACAGAAGUGGUGUAGUUAUACCUCUGUAAUUCUCGGUGAUUUGGAUUCGUGAUGUUCUCGUUUGAACACAAU